UCUCUUGCAAAACAUGGCAACCUCGUUCACGGUGUAACGUCCAUUCCACUCUGAAGGAAACAAAGGCCAAAUCUCCGACGAUCCACUUCAAGAAAACAAAUGCUGGCAUUUUGAUUGAUGUUUAGUCUUUUCUCGCUCGAAUGAAUUAAAAACAUCUGUUAGCUAACUGAUUUCGCUGAGCAUUUAUUCCACAGUUUAUGUUACUUUAUUAUGGAAGAAUAAAGAUGAAGUGUCGAGUCACCUUGUGACGGACAUUAAGCUAACUGUAGCUAGUUAGAAAGCAAGCGGACAUUGCACAUGUAAACACCGACUUCUAAUAACUUGCUUAUAAAACGAGAAAAGUACACGGAUUUUUUCCCAAUCAUCUUGACUUGACUUGACCUGACUUGGAUUAUGGGUGUAGUUCUACGCAACCUCCAACACGUUGUUCCCCUUCGACGUGCUAGGCUGCGCAAAAACGUAGAAAUAGUGAGACAUAUUUUGGGCAUUCAAAAAUUUGAUAUGAGCAUAAUUUGUGUAGAUAACCCAAAGAUGCAACGUAUCAACAAUAUCUACAGGAAAAAGAAUAUGGCGACAGAUGUACUUUCCUUUCCAUUUUAUGAGGACCUAAGACCAGGGAAGCUACCGUGUGCCGUUCACAGAGAUGAGUAUAAUCUAGGAGAUAUAUUCUUGGGAGUGGAAUACGUAAUGCAACAGUGUAAAGAAACGUCCUGCGAUUUUCAUGGGACCCUGACAGUAGUUCUUGCACAUGGAAUCUGUCACUUGCUGGGAUACAGACACGAGACAGAGGAGGAGUGGGAUGAGAUGUUUCAGAGAGAAAAUUACAUCCUAAGUGAGUUCAACAAGCUAACUGGGAGUCAUCUUGAGCCUCUAACCAAAAGAUGCACACGACAGGUGACAUGACACUGGAGGGAAUGGGUUGAAGGAGUUACUGGACAUCAAGUCAGAAUAAAGACAGACAGUCACCUCAACUUUGCUCUACCACUGAAACAUUUGAUUUAAUAAUUAACAUUCAAACAAAGUCUGCAUUUUCUUUUUCUAAAUAAAUUUUAUUUCUAAAAUGUUGUUUAGGAAGUCAAAGACUUAAUACUAAGCAACUAAUUAAAGUUUAUACCAGUUUUUCUGAGAAAAUGUUCUUUAUAACACCGGAAUUCACUAUUCAGCCCACUCUUCUGUUAAUGCAAUCAAGAUGACAAACAGAAAGUGAAAACAGAAAAGCAUAAAUAAAAGUUCUGGAGAUGUGAUUACCAAACAUAUUAAAACAAGAGACAAUAUAACCAGACAGUGGCUUC